GCCUCUUCACUCCAGCUGCGUCCCAGGACCCGAGUCCAAGAUGGAGAACCGGUCCGUCCUGAUACUCUGUCUGCUGCUGCUUAUUGGAGCCGUGAUGGGCCAGUCAGCUCCGCCUCGCAGCAGCGAGAGACUGAUGCCUCAGUGGCUGACAGGAAUCAUCGCCGUCAGCAGUUUCCUCCUCAUCGUCUUCAUCGGCUUUGUGGUGAAGAAGAUGUGGUGCGAGAAGUCCAGCGGGAUGAAACAGAACCAAGAGUCGAUGAGAAGCAACGUGCACGAGGACGGAAACGUGUACGACACCAAUAUGGACAGCCUGCGGCGGCCAAACAACAGGAACCCAAGAAAAGAGCACACCAAUGAGUCCUGUGAUGACAUCUAUGACACCAACCUGGACGACCUCAGGAACCAAAGCAGAAAAAACGUCUACGACAACAAGGCGAUGGACCACACAGAAAACAAGUCCACGUCCAUGUGACCCUCCUGCUGUCCUCCUAUUGGCUCUCAGCCUUCGGCCAUUUCCUGUUUGUCUCCAGAAAUCCUUUUUGCUGCAGCUUUUCUGCAGAUUUUCUGUUUCCAAACAGAAAGAAUCUGAUAAUCAUUAGUUGUUUUUACUCUUUGCUUUCUGAGCAGAUUAAUAAGUUAGGUUUUCUAACAACCUGCUGUGUCGACACAUUACUCAGCAGUGAAACGACGACUCAGCAUYAAUAUUUAAACUAAACAGCCUGAGUUAACAGGAAGUAUGUGGAGCACAGGUGGUCCAUUUAUUUAUUAGUCUGUAGUAAAACAGAAGACACCCAUGUGAGAGGUGAAUCAUAGAACAGCUGUACUUCGACAGGAAACAGGAAGGAACACCAACUGUUUACUGAGAUGAAUAAAAAACACCAGGAAGUUGUCUGAUCACAGUCCAAUCAAGUCCAAUAAAGUCUGGUUAAAGUCCAAUCAGAGACCCAGGAAAGACCAACUCAGAUUUCAUUUUUCUGAAUGUUUGUAGAUUUCCUUCUAGUUGAUUUUGUUUAUUUGUUGAAUCAAUAAAAAACUCAGUUUGGA